CUGGAUAACGAAAAAUCGCCGACGACUCAAGGUGUCCUAGGAGCUGCGUGAUAGUGUCUUUACGUCACCCACUUUGUCCCAGGAGUCAAAACCCAUAUUCUUCCAAAUAGGACAAGUAUACGGUGUAAGAAUGUACCAAAGCCUUGCUAUGUCAUCCAACCAGUCCCCAUACGCACACGAUGCAGGGAACUAUAUUCACCCUUCGGCGAGUUCCCCAGUCUACGUGCCCACUACGAGGGUGCCUGCUAUGCUGCAAACCCUGCCGUACUUGCAAACAUGCGAGUCCGCCCAUCAGUCUCAUGGCCUCGGCGGGCAUCACGGCUGGUCUCAGUCUGGCGCAGACAGUUCGUCCUUCAUUCCAGGCAGCCCCCAUCCGCUCCCCGGGUUCUCCUACUCUCACAGCCCGCCAGUAAGCAGCAAUAACGGCAGGGACACAGCCUACCAGAAUCAGCUAGUGCUUAGUAACGGUGGUCGGGUUGACCACUAUGGCAGCACUUUAGUGCGGUCAGUUGGAGGAUCGUACUCGAGUCCCUACGCGUAUAUGAGCCCGGAGAUGUCGACCUCUUGGACACCUGGCCACUUUGACAGCGGCAUGAUCAGUCUUCAGGGACGACAAGGUUGCCUGUCUGGGAGAAGGUCCAGUUUGGACAUGUCAGAGGAGUUCCCGGGAGAAGGGCGCGAGUGCGUAAACUGCGGCUCCAUCUCCACUCCUCUGUGGCGGCGGGAUGGUACCGGGCACUACCUCUGCAAUGCCUGCGGACUGUACCACAAGAUGAACGGAAUCAACAGACCGCUCAUCAAACCACAGAAACGCCUGCAGACCACAUCUCGCCGGGCCGGCCUGUGCUGCACCAACUGUCACACCAGCACCACCACGCUGUGGCGUCGCAGUGCGGAGGGAGAGCCUGUCUGCAACGCCUGUGGCCUGUACAUGAAACUACAUGGGAUCCCCAGACCAAUGGCCAUGAAGAAGGAAAGCAUUCAGACAAGGAAACGGAAACCUAAGAUGCCGAAGUCCAAAACCUCAACAGGAGAGUCUUCAGCAUCAGGCACCAACUCCCCGUUCUCCCUGUCUGUCUCAGAACAUGCCUCUACUGUAAAGAGUGAACCCAACAUGGCUCCCUCCCCCCACACCAGACAGGCCGUAGCCUCUAUGUCCAAGGCUUCAUCACAUCUGGACAGUGCAGGAUCAGGACAUGUGGACAUCAAGUAUGAGGACUACCCCUUCACUCCUGCGUCUAUCGCCCCACAGAACUCCUGGUGUGCUCUGUCUCAGGCGUGAGCUAGCUAGACCACAGUUCACUUGGACCGGGUCCUGGGCCUGGACCCAGCUUAGCUCAGCUCACUGUGGAUAAGAUAGACUUGUGAAGAGAACUACCUGUUAUUGACUAACUCUUUUUCCCGUGGAUGGAGGAACGGAAAAACAGAAGGAAGCGACGGCAAUCAAGGGGAAUGUAUUUGUGGCUACUAUCAAUACUAUUUCUAGUUGUUGUUGUUGUUGUUGUUGUCUUUAUUGUUGUUGUCUUUAUUGUUGUUGUCAUUAUUGAUAUUUUGCUGAGUUCACCAUUGCAGUUUUAUAUGGUGUUUCAAGAAAUAACCAGAAAGAGUUCAAUAAGUUAUUACAGAGUGUUAAAGGGAUACUUAAAGGGAUUUUUCAAUGAAGCCCUUUAUCUACUGACCCAGAGUCAGAUGAAGCCCUU